AAUAUCGCCAAAGAUUACAUCAUGUAUUUGAUAUCGCAGUCAAUAUAACUUGUUUUAAUUGUUCUAAAAUAAAGGUUGAACAAUUUGACAUCCGGUGCCGCUUUCCAGGAGACGGUCAGAGCUGGCGCGUACGGCGCUGUGUUUAUUACAUUUGUGUUGGUCUUUUAGGCUCUUUCCGUCAUGGCAGUAACAUUCCUGUCACCCUGGUUAGCUUCGGGUCAUUCGGUUUUUAGCCACGGAUGUCUGAAAUUCACAGCACACUGCUUGUGACGGCCAUUUCCGUUGGACGGUUGUCAGGGCAGGACUUAAAUGGGAAUAAUAGUGGACAUUGACGCUCUAUGGGGAAAGUGGACUAAACACCCAGUGGAAAUGAUGGCCUACUUUCUAGUUUGGAUAUGUGGAAUUCUACACUGUCACCCAUCCCAAACAGACCAGAAGGAAUCAUGGGGAGUGUGUUCUUGCCGUCGGACCUCGCCAACACAGUGCUGAGGCGUUUGCGCAGGGACAACGGCUACCUGUUAGAGGAGAUCCGUCAGGGCAACAUCCAGAGAGAGUGCAGAGAGGAGAUCUGCACAUACGAGGAAGCCAGGGAGGCCUUUGAGAACGAUGAGAAAACUCAACGGUUCUGGGAGGAGUAUGUGCGGGAGAGCAGUGGCGGGCAGCAGUUGGAGGGCAGAGUCCACUCCCUCUACCUGAUCCUCCCCUUGCUCCUGGUGCUCCUGAUCUCCGGCGUGGCCAUCACUGUGUGGCGCUGCCACUCCCGCAAGCGCUCGGAACGCAACCCCGCCCUGGGCCACUCCCACCGGGACCCCACCCUAUCGUUGGUCUCCAUGGACCGGUGGGGGCGGGACCUCCACGACCACUCGGAGCUCAGCGUCAACAGCAGCCCCGCCGACCCGGGCUCGGAGGUCACGUCGGCGAGGGGAGGCAGAGGAGACCCGCCCCCGUCUUACAACGAGGCGGUCGGCCACACAGAUGUGCACAUAGAGACAGAGCCUCCUCCUCAGUAUGAGGACAUCAUUGGCCAUGGGAAGUGAAGUGACCCCCCCCUCCCACCCCCUGUCUCAACCGGCCCCCAUCCAGCUAGAUCAGGGGUAUCAAACUCAUUCCAUGGAGGGCCGUCUGUCUGCUGGUGUUUGUUUUUUUUUCUUCUCAAUUCAGACCAGCUGAGGGGAGGUACUAACUAAUCAAUGACCUUCAUUCGUCAGUCAGGUCCAAGGGAGGAGGGAAAACCUCAGUGGAAGGGAGGAGGGAAAACCUCAGUGGAAGGGAGGAGGGAAAACCUCAGUGGAAGGGAGGAGGGAAAACCUCAGUGGAAGGGAGGAGGGAAAACCUCAGUGGAAGGGAGGAGGGAAAACCUCAGUGGAAUAAGUUUGACACAUGAGCUUAGAUCCUCCUGCCCGGUCUCACCCUCCUGCUCACCUCCCUCUAACUGUUAUGUUACUACACUAACACAGAGAUGUUGGAUGCAAUAACGUUGAUGCUUGCACUGACCAUCGGAUAGGGGUGGAGUGAUGGUGAAGAUGAUACCAAAUGUUUGAUUUUGCUAUACCCAAAUGUACAGUUAUUUAACCAUACUGCCAUACAUCAGUGAUGUUAUGAGUACGCUGGAGGUUUGGGGCUUGAUGAAUGGUCUAAAGUAAAAAAAGAACUGUUCUGAUUUCCAUACUUCUAAAAAAGGAGACAAAUAUAUCAAAUCUGAUAACUAAAGUUAUUUUCAAAACAUGAACAUUUAAAAAGUA